CCACUCAACCCGCAAACUGGUCAGGGUAUCUAAGCAACAGGUGCACUGAAAGAGGUGGAGGAGAACAGCUUGAGAGGGCCAGAGUGAGGCGAGCCUGCUGGCUGAGUGUAUAAAGGCAGAACCCAGAUUCCGUGCUGGAGAUGACCUGAUGUGUAAGAGGACAGACAGACAGACAGACAGACAGACAAACGGACAGACAGACACACAGACAGACACACAGACAGACAGACAGACGAACGGACAGACACCAUAACAUCACAAAUAACUGAUUUUCUAUCUCCGUGUAAAAACAAUACCCUGCAAUCAGCCUCAUCUCUCAGAGAUCUUCACUAGAGGGGUGAGAAUCUGAGCAUAUGCAGAAUGGAUGUUCCCACCGAGUGUCCGAACAAUGCCACUGAUGCUUCGGUUGGCGUGGUAUCUGCUGCCAUGGUGACGGGAUUGAUUGUGUUGUUUCUCCUGGCUGUCUUUUGGAGCAACGUGUAUGCACAGCCUUCUAUGCCAGGGCCAUAUUUCUGUCUGGGACUCGGCCCUCUUCUUACCUACUCACACUUCAUCUGGGCCGGCAUCGGAACCGCCUGCAACUACUACAACAUCAGAUACGGCAGCGCCGUCCGGGUCUGGAUUCAGGGGAGGGAGACUCUUAUCUUCAGCAGGUCCUCUGCAGUGUAUCAUGUUCUGAGGAGCUCCAACUACACCAGCAGGUUUGCCAGUAAACAAGGUCUACAGUGCAUCGGCAUGGACGAGAGAGGAGUCAUCUUUAACAGCAACAACAAGCUCUGGAGGAAGGUCCGUACUUACUUUGCCAAAGCCCUGUCGGGCCCUGGACUGCAGAGGACUGUGGGAGUGUGCGUCAGCGCCACCAACAGGCACCUGGACCAGCUGAGCGGCUCCGCCGACCCGUCGGGUCACGUGGACGUCCUGAACCUUCUGCGUUGCAUCGUGGUGGACGUGUCCAACCGCCUCUUCCUGGGCGUGCCGCUCAACGAGAGGGACCUGCUGAUGAAGAUCCACAGGUACUUUGAUACCUGGCAGGCCGUCUUAAUCAAGCCAGAGAUUUUCUUCAAGCUGGACUGGAUGUGGAAGAAGCACAAGCACGCUGCUCAGGAGCUGCAGGACGCCAUGGAGAGCCUGGUAGAGAAGAAGAGAAAGCUGAUUGCUGAAUCAGAGAAGCUGGAGGACCCUGAUUUUGCCAUGGAUCUGAUAUUCGCUCAGAAUAAUGGGGAGCUGAGUGCGGACGACGUGAGGCAGUGUGUUCUGGAGAUGGUGAUCGCGGCUCCUGACACUCUCUCUGUCAGCCUGUUCUUCAUGCUCAUGCUGCUCAAGCAGAACCCUGCUGUGGAGGACAAGAUUGUGAAGGAGAUGGACAAGAUCAUAGGUGACAGGGAGGUGUCUAACGCUGACAUGCAGACCCUGCCAACUCUGGAGAGCUUCAUCAAUGAGGCUCUACGCUUCCACCCAGUAGUGGACUUCAUCAUGAGGAGGGCGCAGGAAGAUGACAUCAUCGAUGGCUACAAGGUGCCCAAAGGAACCAACAUCCUCCUCAACAUCGGACGCAUGCACCGCACAGAGUUCUUCCCCAACCCCAAUCAAUUCAGCUUGGAGAACUUUGGGAAAACUGUGCCGAGCCGCUUCUUCCAGCCCUUCGGCUGCGGGCCACGCGCUUGCGUGGGUAAGCACAUUGCCAUGGUGAUGAUGAAGGCCAUCCUCGUGACGCUCCUGUCUCGGUACAGCGUGUGUCCCCGUAGCGGCUGCACGCUCACGACCAUCCGGCAGACCAACAACCUUUCACAGCAGCCGGUGGAGGAGGAGGACGAUAACAGUCUCACUAUGCGAUUCAUCCCACGGAGACACAGCGCAUAGACAUCAGCAUGCAGCGAAACGUGAUUCAAGAGAUAUAAUAAAGUUAAACACAAUGCCGCUCGCUAAGGCUUCUGUUGUACAAGGGGAACACGUUGAAGAAAGUAGUCCCAUCUUGGUGAAUCUUGUAGUACAGCCAGUAGAUAAAAGCAAAAUAGUAUUUGCGAUACAUAUAGGCUAAUCUAAUGUAGUACCUAACACUGAAGCAGUUCUCCGUUCUCUUUGGUAGGCUAUAUUUGCUUUGCUGUGCAGCUGUUUCAUACUGUUACUCGUCUUUUUUAUAACAAAAUAAAACAGCAGUUGAAAAGCC